AUGUUUGCAAGACGUUAUAAAACAAGUGGAAAAUGCAACAAGUACAAAGCACACAAAAAAGUUGGAGUUAAUGCUAGCAUAUGUUAUUCUGGGACUGGAGAUAUAUUGCAAGCUACUAGGAACAUUUGUGAAAAGGUCAAGGCCGGGGUGUUUGAACCCAAAAACAUCGACGAGGCCAUGUUUGAUAAACAGCUAUGGACUCGUGGAGCGCCUCACCCUGACCUGCUUAUUCGGACUGGUGGUCGCCUCCAGGUUAGUGAUUAUUUGAUGUGGCAACUAGCCCAAACCGAGCUAUAUUUCUCCCAAGUUUCUGCACCAGAAUUUGGAGAAGUAGAGUUUCUCCAAGCCUUGCACUCCUUUCAGCAAAGGGAAAGAACACUGGGAAACUGA